AUGUGCCUUUCGGCGAUCGGACAAAUUAUAUUUGGUGCUAUAAUGCUGGUGACACUUGCGCUUACAGCAGCAUCCAUGUUUUCACCUGGAUGGCGAGAAUUGACAAAUUCAACGCAGACUUCAAUAGAUGAUUUGAAAAACUUAAAAAUCCCACAACAAUUUGGAUUAUUCCCAUUUCUGUGCAAAACUCCAACUGGUUCAAGCGGUGGCGAUGGUGCCGAUCCAAAUUCGGUUGAUUUUUGCAAAAAAUGGUUUGAAGUAAGCGUUUCUGCUCAGUCUUGUGCUUUUUCCUCCUCAUUUGAUUGA